AUUGACUGUCAUGCUACAGCUUUUUUACACACAAUCAACAAAUGGUUAUAAUCUUGUUAAGUGCGACAUAUCAAGUUUCAGUAAGACGAAAAAAAUAGAAUGUUUGCAAUCAGUUGUGGAAGAGUUACAAAUAUACGGUCUUACAUAUAUUGACGAUGUUGAACAUAGCAGCGUUGAGACCCAACAAGAGCACUACGCACUUGAAAUGGAGGAGUUAGAUUUUUACGUUGCUCAGUUUUUCUGUAGUUCGAUGGGAUGUAUGAAUGGAGGAGAAUGUUUGACUUUAGAUCUUAGUAAUGAGCAAAUCGAAACUGGUGUUGAUGUAAUGGCUCAAAAAAUGAUACAAAUUUUGAAUACACAAUUAGCUACGGAUACUGAUCAAUUGCAAGAUGAAGUUGACAGCGUUCUUGACAACGGUCAAGGGUCAUUUGGUUUGGGCGCCAACCAGAUUCUGAAACUUGAAGGUUAUCUUCUUAAGUUUGAAGAGUUACUGAGUGAAGUGCAGGACGAAGACACAAUAAAUGAUGUAUUGACAGAAGUCGCACCUGAUUUUGUUUACUGUUCUUGCUACCAAGGCCUCACUGGCGCUAGAUGUGAUGCGUGCUCUGCAUAAUAACUAAAUCUUUAUUGUAAAAAAAGCUGGCAAAUAUGUAUAUGUCCCAUUAAAUUAUUUCUGAGUUACUUUUUGAUCUUCUUGAACAUAGAAAUUCAGUUCGUUAGUUGGCUAGAUAGCAGUAAUAAGCGAUGAUGUGUUUUUCAAUUUAUUAUAUAUAACCAUUACAUUUUUACUGCAACUAAAUUGAGAUCCCUGAAUUAUUUGAUUUAUACCCGAAUUUUAAAACAUAUCGGCACAAUUGAAAUUUGGCAGACAUGCGUAUAAAAUAAUAAAAACACAAAAUGCAUUGUAGAUUAUUAA